UCAGGAAACAGCCAUCAGUUUCCUGCUGAUUAAUUCAGUUCCUGGAGGGCCCUCCCAGCAGCGAGGGCUGGGCCUCCUGUCUGGCUUUCCCCUUCGCUGUCUUGCUUUCCUCACCCCGACUAAGAGGCCCACCUGCCCUCCUGCUACCCUAGGGCCCAGGACACCCUCACAGGCCUUCUGAGCCUGGCUUUGUUCUGGCUGUGGGUGGGGCGCUCAGGUUCCAGCUGCCUUGGGUUUUGCCUGCAGGUGCAGGUUUCCUUUGCACACCUGGCACCUGCUGGGGACUUAGGCCUCUUCUGUGUUGCUACCGGGUUGGGCUUAAGAGAGUUUGAUCAUUUGAAUUGCAAGCCUUUGGAAAUGAACUUGUUAGGGCCCUCUGCCUGCUCAGAGGAGGGGCCUGACGGCAAGGACCCCAGGCAAGAGCCCAGACCCGGGCAGCAGGCCCUAGAAUUUCCCCUUUGGUGGAAAGGGCGCUGGAGGGUCUCUGCCUUUGGUCUUCAGGAGAAGAGAUCUGUGAGGUACUGGGACUUGGGGGCCCCUGGCCUACACCUGAGGAGCCCUAGUGGUGCAGUGGUUAAAGAGCUUAACUGUUAACCAAAAGGUCGGUGGUUCAAACCCAGCAGCUACUCCAUGGGAGAAAGAUGUGGCAGUCUGCUUCCUAAAGAUUACAGCCUUGGUAACCCUAUGGGGCAGUUCUACUCUGUCCUGUAGGGUCACUAUGAAUUGUUUGCUUUGGCCUGGUUAUUGGCCCUUGAGCAAAGGGGCCUGCAGAGGGGCCGGGGACACUGUUGGAGGAGGAGGUUGGGCUGGCUGCAGGCCGGUGGUCCUGGUGCUUGGCAGGAUCCCCUGGCUCCCACUGCAGGUGGCCCCAUGGGUGGUAUGGGGGCCACAGUACAAGCCUGUGAUCCUGUUCCCAAAUACCCUGGCCCUCAGACUGCAGAGUGCCAGUGAUCAGCUGUGGUUCCCUACUCUGACCCAGGUUUGGCUCCCACAGACAUGGCAGCUCCAUGCUGAAGAGAUGAGCCAUCAGCUGGAGGAGGUGGACAGACUCACCCAGCUGCUCCUUCCACCCACACCCGAGAGCUAACUGCGGGAGGCAAGUGGGAUUGGGCCAGCUUCAGCACCCAGCACCAACUUUGCUUCUCAAGUGCAGGGACAGGGUCAGGGCCAUUGUACCUAGUGUGUGGCUGACCCUCACAGCUUCUUGACUGAUUACACUUGACAGUGCCCCCAGCCCAUCAUGCAUUUCCCCUAUAUUAGGCCCAGCUGUGGCUGGGUGGGAAGCCCGUACUUGCUCAUAGCUAGUGGCUGAGUCAACAGUGCUGGGACAAGUGUUUGGUUAGCAAACAUGGAGCCGGCACACUGCUUUCUGUCCUUCUAGCAAAAAUGUCCUUUGCAAAGGUCAGCCAGAACUGGCUACAUAAUUUGUAGGGCCCAGUUCCAAAUGAAAAUGCAGGACCCCUUGUUUGAAAGUGACUGAGAAUUUCAAGAUGGCAAAAGCUGAGCAUGACACUAAGCGCUAGGCCCCGUGUGACUGCCCAGGUCGUAUACCCGUGAAGCCAGCCCCAAGUCAGCAGUUCCCAGGUUUGCAAAGCUCUGAUGCUUCUGAGGAUGGCAAAAUCGGGCUUUUCUUUGGUAGAACAGGAACUUUUCACGCAAACCAGCUGCAUGUUCUGAGACGUGCCCUCCCCACCCCAUCCCACAGCCAGCUUUUCUCAAGGGUUGGAGUAACUUCCACUUCAAAGUGAAAAGAACUUCACCUUCUUCUUUUUGUUCUUCUUUAUGCUGUUCCCUUCUUUCUUUGUAAACUCAGAAAGCUUUGAGAUUCUCCCUCCCUCCUUCCUUUCUUCUUUCUCUCUUUUUCCCCCUCCACCCUUCCUGCCCCUCUCCCUCCCUCCCUUCCUCUACCUCUCUUUCUCUCUUCCUCUUUCCGUUGCUUUUAUCUCUGUGGGGAAAACCCUUCACGUGUUUGCUGUAGGACAUUUCCCACCCAUUCAUUUGGAUUUUAAAUAUUCCUCUCAGUCACACGGUGGGUGCAGGGUCCUAGGGUUUGAGAGGCCUCUCUCUGAAGUGGCUCAGACUAGGGUCCUCUCCACUGAGGAACGCCCCUUCAGCGGCCUCUGGCUCUGUCCAGAUGGUCGCUGCCUAUUGGGAGCCUGGAAUAAGUUCUCCUCAUCAGCCCAUGGCACUCUCACCUCCUCCCCAAAUCCAGCUGUCGGCCCUACUAGUCACAGUGGAAAGAAAGCCUACUGCAUUUUUCCUGAUGACUGAUGGCCCCACCACUGCACGAGCCCUGGUGACAGACCUGGCUGUCUUCCCCAAGGACAGCAGCUCCACAGCAGGUCUAGACUGGGGAGUUGAAGCAGGGUGUACAGAAGGUUAGGUGGAUAAGCCCAGUGGGACACUGCCCGCCUUCCUCAUCCUCUCCACAGUCACCAGAAGAAUCUUCAAAACAUAAAUUGGGCCAUGUUACUUCCUUGCCUGAAACCCCCUCCAGCUUCCUGAGAAUGGCAUCCAGACCAUCCGCGAGGCCUUUUCAAGGCCCUUCCUGCCUCGGUGGCCACCAUCUCCAGCCACUGUUCCCAGGUCCACACAUUGGGAAUUCUGCUGUUUGGGAGGGAAGGUCCCUGAGUUGCUGAGGAGGCAUUUAAAUCAUACCUGAAGAAUGCAAGAGGUUUGGGACAGUGAAGAGAAGGGGGAGGAACAUCCCAGGGAAGGAAUACUCAGAGGACAUGCUGAAGGUGAGAAGUCAGGCUGGGUCUCAGGAGUGAUGGGGGAGGGAGAAAGGGGGACUAGGUUAAAAGCCUGGUCCCUUGAGGCCAUGAUUCUGAACCUGGUGCACACUCAAACCACCUGAGGGGCUUUUUAAAAAUAGGCAAGUCUCUGGGGUAGGCCCAGCCUGGGUGUUUGUGUUUGCUCCCCAGGACUGUACUACACAGCAGGGCUGAGAGUCAGGGCCCCAGGGCCACAAGGGUGGGCCACAAGAGUGGGCACCUCUGAGCGCUUUAGGAAGGUGGCAGGACCCUCAACAGCCCUAUUAUUUUUCCCAAAUGAUAGAACCACAGCAGGAGUGCACCAGGACUGUCUAUUGAUGGGAAGCUGCCUUAUUCAUUCUGUGAGCAGCUCCCAGAACAGAAUGAAGUAAACCAGUUGCCCUUGAGUCAGUACCAAUUCACGGUGACCCUAUAGGUGAAUGAAUGAGGUAAGUGAGCACUAAACAGGGAGAAGCUCCUAGAGUCAGCUGAAAGUGGCCUUGUUCAGAAGAGCGAACAGGCCUGAACGUCGUCAGUGAGUGAGCACUGCAGGUGGGUGGUGGUACUUCUGCCCCCACCAUCUCUCUGGCUAGGAUGGUAUGAUGGCAGAUCUAGAAUAUUACCAUCACACUGAUGUCUGACAUCACUGGUUCCAGCUGUUGAAGCAUCUUCAGGCUCAUAAUCUCUAAUACCUGGACCCUUUUCUCUGACCUUCAGGUGUGGGGGUGCUAACAAUUAGCAGCUGUCAUGCCCCUGUGAUGGGUCAAGGUGUGUGCUUUAAAUGAGGGAUUCAGGGUGUCUGCCCUUAAAUUCAGGAUCUAGUGCGGAUGAUGGACCCAUGCAUAAACAUUAAAAUAUGGACUUCCCAGAGCAGUCAAAGGCUUCAGGGAGAAGAGAGUAAUUCCCCCAGGGGAAGCUUGAUGAGGAAGUGAAGAAGCAGGUGAGCCUCUGGGGUAUGGCAUCUACCCCCUAACCCAACAGACCUGGCUCUCCAGGACCUGGCUUUCUUUUUUCUUUGUAUUGUGCUUUAUGUGAAAGUUUACAGCUCAAGUUAACUUCUCAUACAAAAAUUUAUACAAUGUGACCCUAAUUGCAAUCCCUAUAGUGUGACAGCACACUCCCCCUUUUCACCCCAGGUUUCCCGUGUCCAUCCAACCAGCUGCUGUCCCUUCCUGCUUUCUCAUCCUGUCUCCAGACAUGCGCCGCCCAUUUGGUCUCAUGUAUCUGCUUGAACGAAGAAACACAUUCUUCACGAGUAUUAUUUUGUGUUUUAUAGUCCAAUCUAACCUUUCUUCUGAAGAGUAGGCUUUGGGGAUGGUUUUAGUUCUGGGUUAACAAAGUGUCCAGGGUUCAUGGCUUCGAGGGUUCCCCAGUCUCAGUCAGACCAUUAAGUCUAGUCUGUUUACAUGAAUUUGAGUUCUGCACCCCACUUUUCUCCUGCUCUGUCAGGGACUCUGUGUUGUGCUCCCUGUCAGGGCAGUCAUUGGUGGUAGCUGGGCACCAUCUAGUUCUUCGGACCUCAGGCUGAUGAAGUCUGCUUUAUGUGGCCGUUUUGUCUCUUGAACUAAUAUUUUCCUUGUAGGAUCUGGCUCUCUAGAAAGCGUGCUGGACUGAAUGCUGCAGCCACUGAGGUGUGCCCAGGUAUUGAUUUCCCUUUGGCCCUCAGGCAGCUGGGCUAGGUGGUGUCUGGGCCAGCUGGUACCAAAGGCUGGUUUUUUGUUUACCCCAGUGUACAGUGCACAAACUAUUUUCUAUGUGAACCAUGAAAAUUAAGAAGCAUAUCAUAAGCACAUCAUUUUCCGUGUCCGGCAGGUUGGGUAACAAUGCAAAAGCUGGUCCAGCAGAGCCAAACAAGUCACAACCCACCUGCAGUUUGUUUCCUCAAUACUUUUUAUUUUGAAAAUUUCAAAGCUACAGAAAAAUUAACAGCUUUCAUCUAGAUUUACUGACUGAUGGUAUCUUACUACGUUUGCCUUAUCUCACUCUCUUUCAGAUGGUUUUGCUGAAUCAUUUCAAAGUGAGUUGCAGGCUCCAUGCUGCUUCACCCCUGAAUACUUCAGCAGGUGUCUCUCAGGAGCCAACUUUCCCCUGCAUAACCACAAUGCCAUCGUCACACCCCCCCAAAAAUUGCCAUCGUUUGAUAAUAUCAAAUAUACAGUCCUUGCAAAUUUCCCCAUUUAUCCCCCCAAAAUGUCUUUUAUAACUUUUUUCCUGAUUCAAGCAAGCCUCAUGUAUUACAUUUGGUUCCUGUUUCUUUAGCUUCUUUUAAUCCAGCACAGUCCUGUGCGUGUGCAUGUGUGAGUGUCUGUGUGUGUGUGUGUGUGUGUGUGUGUGUGUGUGUGUGAUAAACUUGGAAGAGUCCAGGCAGGCCAGCUGUCUUGCAGUGUCCCACAUCCUGGAUUUCUCUGAUUGAGUACAUUCAAGUUACAUUUUUGAAACUCACCUGAUUCUUGCUUCAUUGUGUCCCAGGAAGUCCUAAGGCAGAAGAUACAGUUGGGGGUGUCUGCUUCGUCCCCUACUGCUGUGUAAGUCGAGGCGUUAGGAGCAUUGGAGUCCCUGGGUGGUGUAAAUGGUUAAUGUGCUUGACUGCUACCCAAAAGUUGGAGGUUUGAGUCCACUCAGAGGUGCCUCAGAAGAAAGGUCUAACCACCUAUUUCUGAAAAAUCAGCCAUUGAAAACCCUGUGGGGCACAAUCCUAUUCUGACACACGUGGGGUCGUCGUGAAUUGGGUUACCUUAACUGCAACUGGUUAUUUUUUAGUAACAUUGUGUUACUUUGGAGCUCAGUAGCACAGUGGUUAAGAGUUUGGCUGCUAACCGAAAGGUUGGCAGUUCAAAUCCACUAGCUGCUCCUUGGAAACCCUAUGGGGCAGUUCUACUCUGUCCUACCCAGUCACUAUGAGUUGGAAUCAGCUCGACAGCAAUGGGUUUGGUUUCAUUCUUGUUUUUUUUUUUUUAACAUUAGUUUAUAAUUUAGUUGACCAUAAAGAUUGUCACUUCAUCCACAAGCCAUUCUCUUUAUUUUGUGGAUGGGAUUCUGAGAGGUUGAGGCUGUGCCCAGGUCCCCGAGAUUAGGCAGAACCAGACCAGGACACCUCCCUUCUGACCCACUGCGGAGCUCUCUGCACCACUGUGUGCUGCCGUGGCAGCUGGGAAAUUGGGCAGAGUUGAAGUCUUUGCUGCUGUUGCGCCAUUGCAAGUUGCAAGCUAGUCUCACCACACCUCAGCCAGGGACCCAACACAUGCUUUCCUGAGUCCUGGACUGAGAAUAUUAAAUACAAUCUAAUAUAAUCUAACCUAUGUUGAUGAAGCCAAGUCAUGGUUUUGAGCUUUAGUUAUUGAACUGAGGUAUUGAAGGGUCAGAGCUGCUUGCUCCACCCUGAAUGGCCCCAGGCUGCCAUUUUGUCAUUUUCCAACCUGGCUCCCUGCCUAUCAGCUCUCCCUGCCUCCAGCAGCUGCACCCCUUCCAUCUCCCUGCUUCUUCUCCUAAUUUGCAACUUGCAUCUGCUCUGGUCUGGGAAACCAGAUAACCAAGAGUGUUAGAAUGGUGUCACAUGGCAUCCAGUGAGGACCUCUCUCCUGGGAAGGCAAAAGUCGCUGCAACACCAAAGGCCCCUCAUUAGGUAUCGUUGUUCCAAGCAGCCCACAUCAGAUUGAAUUCUGGGCUUUUGUGAUCUUUUUUGUAUACUCUGCAGCUCUCCGCUCUUUUGGGGUGUUUGAGGUUGCCAGAGACCCCUGGACAAGGCGGUGUUGCUGCUCUGUGUUUUAAGUUUAAAAGCCUUAGAGAAGACCAGCACAUAAAGCAGAAAUAGCUGGUGAGAAGAUAGGCAGCUGUGUGCAUGUGUGUGUGUGCCAGAGUGCAAGGGUACUUUGAGUGCGGGGGGCCCCAAGGCUGAGAGGCCAUGUAAGGUCCUGGCUUGGUGAAAAUGCCCAAAUUUCAGGCUUGUGUAGAUUGCUCUGCCUUCCCCGAAGUCGGCUGUAUUAAUACUCACUCCCUGUCAUUCCUUGCAGUCCCUGGGUGGUGCGAAUGGUUAACGUGCUCAGCUGCUGACCAAAUGGUUGGCGGUUGGAGCCUACCCCGUGGUGUCUCAGAAGAAAGGACUGGCAAUCCACUUCUGAAAAAUCUGCCAUUGAAAACUCUGUGGAACACAGUUCCACUCUGACACUCACAGGGUCUCCGUGAGUCAGAAUCGACUCAAUAGCAACGGUUUUCCCUGGCAUUCCGAAGGAUCUGGGCCCCAUGCGGAAGGGUUCCACGCCCUUAGUCUCUGGCUUUCUGGGUGCCUUGGGGCGGCGCUUCAGAUCUUGUUGUUAAAGCCACAUGUCAAUGUUUUGCUGGUCUUUUUCUCCCAACAUACUGUUCUUCCAUUCUGUUCCACUUAAGUGUGGUACCUUGGGCAGGAGCUUACUAAAUUCUGUUCUUUCUCAGGGAAAGUUCUGUCAUAAAUGCGCAAGCGUGGUGCCUCUUCAAUUUCUCUGCUGGGUUCGCUAAAGGAGUUCAACGUAAUCUCAAUUUGACUUAACAAUAACUCCUGUACCGAGCUUUUUGUUUGUGAGUUUGCUUGUAAUUUUGUUGUUUUUUAAGCGAAGUAAUACGUAAAUGCAUCACUUUUUAAAGUCAAGUAAAUACGAAAGGCUUAUGACGAUAAGUAGGUCCUGCCCCAUCUCACUUCACCCCACUCCAGCCCUCCAGGCCAGUUAACUGUCUUCACCUCUUUUAGUUCCUCCUUCUGUUAUUCACCCCCAGGUUUUAAAAUAAUAUGUUUAUCUGCUACCUUUCUUUUUUUUUCUUGCUUGUUCCUGUCCCUUCCUGCCUUCACGUCCUGCUUUUGGACAGGAGCUGCCCAUUUGGUCUCAUAUAUUUGAUUGAACUAAGGAGCACGUUUCUCACGUGUAUUAUUUUUUGUUUUGUAUAGGUUUGUGUAAUCUUUGUCUUGAGAGCCUCUUAACAGAGCAUCCAGGGGCCAUAGUUUUUGGGGGUACCUCCCAUCUCUGUCAGACCAUGAAGUCUGGUCUUCUUACGUGAAUUUGAAUUCUCUGCUACUUCUUGAUUUAUCGAUUUUGAACGUUAGCUAUUGCCUCCAUAUUCUUGCAGGUAAGGACUUAUUUUACUACCUCUCUGUCCCGUCCCCUCUUCUACUAAUAUUAGCACUGAAAUAGGAUUUCUUUUUUAAAAAAGAGAGAGAGCUAAUCGUUGCCUCUUUUUUUCUCACCAGGUUCACUUUUUCUGUGCCUAUCUCUGUUUUUUUCCGGUGCACCAACAGACCCGGAAAACAUCUAUCAGAUGCUUUAUUGGUUCAAUUCCUUUUUUUUUUUUUUUUCCUUCUUUCUAGACACUAGGGUAUCUCUAAAGCUUUUUCAGGACAAAUGAAAGUUUAAUUCAUUUUAAUACAUUAAAAUAACUCCAACGCAUCUCCUUUGAAAAGGCUUUCCUGAUCUACUCCCCACCCAAUGGUGCACCCGCAAUUCUGUUUUCCUUCUAGCAUAGCCCUUAACACGCUAAAUUGUAAUUGGCUGUUUUCUUGCCUGUGGUAGGUAUUACACUGGAUGUUCUUGAGGGCAGGGUUGGGUCUUGUUCACUAUGCCUAGGAAUAUACAGGAGCUGGCACAUUGUUGUGAGAUGCCAUCCAGUCGAUUCCGACUUAUAGCGACCCCACGUGACAGAGUAAAACUGCCCCAUAGGGUUUCCUAGGCUGUAAUCUUCACGGGAGCAGGUCACCAGGUUAUUUCUCCCACAGAGCUGCUGGUGGGUUGGAACUGCCAACCUUUUGGUUAGUGGCCGAGCGCUUAACCGUUGUGCCUCCAGGGCUCUGUUGGCAUAUAGUGGGUGCUCUGUGUGUGUUGAAAUUUGAAUUUGUUGAAUCGAAGUACAAUAGUGGUUUUGUGCUCCUGGUGGCUCAAUUAAAUUCCUGACCCCUGAGCUCCUUUGUAUUUUCCCAGUGCCUCUUCUGUCUAGCUUCCUUGUUGGGCUUGGAGGUCCCCUGGGCCUGUUCUGAUAAGAGCCUUUGCCAGGCGGAGAUAGCAACAGCAGGGUUUUCUUUCCCAGAUCGGUUAUGCCUCUCCCCCUGCUCCCCCAGAUUAGCCUCAAGCAUCUGAGGGCCUUAGGUUUGUCCCAGCCACAAGUCACCUUACAGUCCCAGCCCACAGCCCUGCACUCGCACCACAUGAGUGCUCAGUAGAUGAGUGAGGUUGAGACUGGCUCAAUCAAUCAAUCAAUAAACCAAUCAGUCUUCCUCCACUCAAGCCUCUCUGCUCCCAGGAAUUUCUUAUUACCUAGCAUUUGAAAGAUCAGAAGGAAAAAGAAACCUCAGCGUGAAGGUGACCCCGGCUCAGAUUUCCCCAUGACUCACUGGACACUGAAAGAAAGGAAGAGCAAGAGAAGGAAAGACAAAGAAAAGGGACCAGGGAAGUCCACCUCUGGUCUCAGAGAGGUAUCUGGUCAGUAGACUGGGUACUGUGUGCAGGCCAGGACUCCCGUCUGUCUUGUGCACCGGGUUCUUCCAGAGCUCAGCACAAGCCCUGCCCACCUUGCAUAUCCAGUGUGUGGCUGAUGCCUGACUGUAGGAAGGAAGUCCAAAUCCAGGCCUGUUCUGGAAGAGGGACUUUGGAUUCCCUGGGGCACCUUUCCAAGCAUCUGAGGGUCUCUCAGAUGUUUUCCUUGAAGUCUUUGGGACCUCUCCCUCAUAAGAGGACACAGAUCGGGCAGUUAGCCACCAGUGAAAAGGCCUAACUCCUCACACCUUCUGGGAGCAAGGGCCUGGCCUUGGAGCAGUCCCCCCAGUGGCACCUGUCCCAGAGCCCAUUCAGAAUGUCAUUCAUUCCACACAUUUGUCAUGUGCGGAGCACUUCGUGUGUGUGCCACACAGCAGGAGAACCCAGUGACACGGCCCAGACCAGGUGAGCCGCCCAGGCCUCCGCCUCUAGUGAGACAGCUUUUGCCUCACUCAGGCCUGUCCUCCUUUGCCCACCUACCAGGUAACCUACCUGCUCUCAGAACAGAGCAGAACACCAGACACUGGGAGGGCAGAGCCACCCUAGAGACCACGUCUCUCUCACAGCUUCACAGCCUGGGGCUUCCCUCACCCAGGACUGUAUUGGGGAGGCCACAGCCAGGCUGCCUGGGCCGGGCAGGGGACAGCCAGACACAGGAUUAAAGCUGAUAGCCGCCAGGCCUGUGCCCCCCAGAGGGAGCUCAUCUCUUGGGGAUGCAGUGAGUUUCGGGAGGAUCCUUUAAAGCAGCUGUUUGAUGUUUCUGCAGUGGAACCAAAUUUAUUUUUUGUACUUUUAGGAAUUAACUUCCGGUUCUCAGCCUCUCCCUCCCUCCCUCUCUCACCAGAAAGGAGAGAAGGAGAAAAGAAGGGUUUGCAUUGUCGCUGUGAUUGGCACCUUCUGUGAGUGAGGGGUCACUGCCUCGGCUGCUCCUUUCCAAGCGCUCCUUUCUCCCCUGCACGCUGUAUUCACGCCACAGCCAGAACAGUCUUUCUUUCAAAGCCUCUGUCUUCCUCUCCCCCUUCCUCUUUGUAUCUCUGCUUUCCUUCCCUUCAUUUUUGCCUUUCUUUCUAAGCUCUCGCCAUCUCCCUCUGGGGUCACUCUCUUUUUCUACAUUUCUUCUUCUAUUCAGUUCUUUUUUUUUCUUUUUCUUUUUGAAUAACACUUCUGUUUUCAGGGAAAGGGACUUGUAGAGAAGUCGGUUCAUUUGAGGAAGGGACAAUGUGAGUGUUUCCAUUUUUCUCCAUUGCUCUCAAUGGGGAAAAAACCUCUGUGCAGGAAACCACUUCCCUUUGGGCCCUACUUCUCUUUGGGCUUUGGCUUUGGGAGGGAAGGGUGCUUGGAAAGGAGCACUGCUCGACAACCAGGACCUGGUACUCACAGGUCAGGUCGUUCUCACGAACUCUAGAGCUGGUCACUGGGGAUUGCUGACAAGGGGCCUGGCACUGGAGUGUGCAGGGCUCAAACAUGGCCCUGGGGAUUGUUCCUGCCUCUGCCUCACCCUUGUGGGGACUUGAUGUGAGGGUGAGGAUCAAAAGUGGAUACCAAUGCCCAGCCAGGCCUCACUCCCUCUGGCAGGAACCUAGUGUCUGGUGUUGGCUUUCCUGGCCAAGAGAGGGCUUAGUAGAGGCCGUGAGAGCGAAGGGCAGGGCUGACAGUUCUGUCCCCUGCACAGUGAGUUCCGGGCUCGGGAGCUCAGGUGGUGGGCCCCACAUUGGCUGGAUUGGUAGUCCUGGAAUAGAGGUCCUCAUCUACCUGAGGCAGGCUGGACAGUGGCCAAAGCUAGAUGAUCCUUGCCAGGUAAAGGACCUGCCUCUGGGAUGGCAGGCUAUGUUGACAUAUCUUGUGUGACAGAGAUGUAAAUGUCCCACUCAUUGGUCAGAGGGAUCUUCAAAUGUCACCUUGGAGCAACCCAGAACAUUCAUUUGGGUUUUCCUAGAUAAUUAAAGCAAAACAGCUUGACUCUUUCUCUGUUGGUCUCUGUAUUUAUUUUUCAGCAUCUAGAAAUGAGCCUGACACUCCUCCUCUAGGAGCUGACAUAAGCUUGUCAGUCAGACAUUUGCCUGGUUAUCACACUGAUUGUUGUCUGCCAAUCAGGGGCUCCUCUCCUGUGAGCACAGAUCAGGGGAUAGGACUACAGCCAGGGCCACCACUUGGCACAACUCUGGGGGCCACUACUCUGUGGCCUGUGUAAGUGGUAGUUGUACGUGGUCAUCCUGACUACCCUCAAAAUGUAAUUAUGCCUGUGUAGGCUGCAGUUCAAACAGUGGUGCUACCUCAUGACUCCACACCUUUGCAAUUACUGUUCCCUCCCCUUGGAAUGCUGUUCCCUUCUUAGGCUACUUGCUGAACUCCUACACAUUCUACAAAGCCCUGCUCAGGUGCCACCUCCUCUUUUGACUUCCCCACAUAGAGUUAACCACCACUCCCUUUAUGUACCUCUGAGACUUAUAUGUUGUAGCUACCAGCUCACUAAAGUAAUUAUCCGUUUACUUAGACUGUUUUUGGGUAGCCCCAUGAGCAUAGGGACUGUGCUGUCUUCAUCUCUGUGAAUCCCCAGGAGAAUGGGUAUGUAGUCUCCAUUUCUGAACAGAAAAGCAUUGCUGAACCUCAACCACUCAAAAGUGCCCUCCAGAGUUUUGAGCCUAGGAAUCUGGAACAGAAACGAGGAAGCUGGGUAUGGUAGACGGCUCCAAGGAUGCAAGUAAUGUGGAGAUUAGAUGGGCUAAGAUUGGUGGUUCAGUGGUAGAAUUCUCACUUUCCAUGGUGGAGACCCAGGUUCAAUUCCCAGCUAAUGUGCCUUAUGCAUAGUCAGCACCCAUCUGUCGGUGGAGGCUUGUGUGUUGCUAUGGUGCUGAACAGGUUUCAAUGGAGUGUCCAGACUAUGGCAGAUGAGCAAGAAAGGCUGGCAAUCUACUUCUGAAAAUCAGCCAAUGAAAACCCCAUGGAUCACAAUGGUCCGAUCCUCAACCAAUAGCGAGUAUGGUGCAGGACCAGGCGGUGUUUUGUUCCGUUGUGUAUGGGAUUGUUGUGCGUGAGUUGGGGGCCGACUCAGUGGUGGCCAAUAACAAGAAGACUGAUAGAAGGUUUGACAUCUAGGAGGCAUUGAGGAGGCUGGGGUAGAGGUGCAGGCCUAGUAACAUCACCACAGAGGUGAGUGGCGAAGCCAUGAGAAGAUGGUUUCUCUGAGGGAGUCUGUGUAGGACAAGAAAGCAGAGACCAGGCCAGGCAUGAGCACUGGGGCCACUGGGGUGAAGAAGAUGAGGAGGGCCUUUGAACCUAGGCAGGGGUGGCAGGGCUGCUGCCAGGUCAGGGAUAAGGCCUGGAAAAAAGCCUUUGUGUUUGGCAAAAGGCUUGUCUGUGACCUUCAAGAUGACCGUUUGGCUUCAGCAGAGGGGACAGAUGUCAAAGGGCAGAGGCCAAGGCCGUGGGGUCUGAGCCCGUGUUUAGGGGGCUGUGAGGGCAGGGAAGUCUGAGUGUGUGUGGGGGCUGCAAGCAGGCCGUGGGGAGGGGGUACUAUGGAGUGAGUACUUGAGGAGAGUGUGGGCGAGCAGGCCUGGUGCAAAAAGGGGGCCAGUGUGUCAGGGCACGUUUACUCCCUUAGAGAAAGGGCCUUGGGCUGCAGGUCUAAAAGGCCCUUCACAUCUCCUCAGAGCACAGGGUAAGAGCCAGGUCGCCAGGUUCGAGGCUGUUCCCAGCAGCCUUGAUCCCUGGGCUGCAGGUAGAAAGUUUGGGGGGAAACAGGGAUCUCUGUGGAAGAAGCCGCCCGGGGAAUAGAGGGCAGGAGCCCUGAUCCGUGGGCUGGGUGAUGCAGAGCAAGGAGUGAGGGUGCCAGGCCUGGAGGUCUGGGUCAGUGGGAGCCUCCCAGAGGGCAGGCAAGUCUGUGUCUCUUUCAUGCUCAGGCACCCAGCACAGUCCUGGCCUAGAGGAGGUGCUCUGUAAAUGUUUGUUGAGGUGGGAACUGGGUUUGUUAACUGAUGGGGAAUGAAUACAGCACAGUCAAGCGGAGACUCACGCGACCCAUGCGUGUCAGAGUUGACCUGUGCUCCAGUGCGUUUUCAGUGACUGGUUUUUCUGAAGCGGAUCACCAGGACUUUGUUCCAGUGUGCCUCUAGGUGGACUGGAACCUCCAACCUUUUGGGUAGCAACCAAGUGUGUUAACCAUUUUGCACCACCUAGGGACUCCCUAAACUGUAAAGCCCCAUACAAAUGUGAGGGCUCCAUGCCCUGCCCCUCAGGACACACAGAUCGUCUAUAUCUAUAUCUCCUCCGAGGAGAACAGGACCAGGGUCCAAGCCAUGUUUGCCGGGCGAUGGGGGAGGCAAGAGCAGGAAGGAGCAGUGAUGAAGCCAGACACCAAGAUAGCUGGGGUACAUGAGCAGUGGGGUCUGGGGUAGCUGCAACAAACAGCAUUGAGGGUGCUGGCAGUCCCCAACUUAAAGGCCACUGCAAUGAAUCUAGGGGGAAGUGCCAAGGGGUCAGCUCAGGGGAUAUUGAAAUGAGGGAGGUGGAUCUGAAUCCCCUGGGAGUGGUUUAUUCAGGAGAUGAGUGCUAGGCACCUUCUGUGUGAAGGUUCGGUGGCUGCAUGGAUGACACGCGGAGGAUGAGGGCCUGGGGCUCAGAAGGGCUGGGAGGAAGCCUGUGUGAUAGAGACAAGGUGGGCUGAGGUUAAAGGUAGCAGAAAGCGGUGUUUUCUGGGACGUUCAGGAUUUGUACUCUGGGGAAGGAUGGAGGUGAUUAAGGAGCAGGAACUACACCCCUGCAGUGACUCCCUGAGCGGAGGUCUGAGUCUGGGACCACAAGGCCAUGGGCCCGGUGGGGAAGGGCCCCUCUGCUCUUCUCAGAACACCCCACGGCUUGGCCAGAAGCCACCUGCAAACCCUGAAGGAGCCUGCCAGGGCAGCUGGCUGGCAGUCAGGUUUUUCCGGUUUGGACAGCAACAUCUCCUGACACCCCAUUAAGGUGCACCCCUAGCUGCCUGGCCUGGAGAUGAGAGGGGAGAAGCUGGCUGAGGCUGGGGUACCUCAUUCCAAGCGUGAAGGCCACAAGCAGAGGCACAGGGUCUGGAUCUGUGCACAGGCUGUAGAGGCAGGCAUGUAUCCUGGGCCCCAGUUUCUGGGAUGGCAAGGGGCCUAGUGGUCAUUCACCGGAAUUGGCAUCAAGAAGUCAGAGACGGAUAUACGGACUCCGGUAACUACCUGUGCAGCCCCAGGUGAGUUACUGGUACUGGUAACAGUAGAAACACAGGCUUGCCAGGUUCACUCUCAGCACUUUACAUAUUUUACUGUGUUUAAUCCUCCAGUAAGGCAGGAGCUCGCAGUACCACCCUCGUUUAAUAGGAGGAGACCACCAUACCUUUGGGAAGUAGUAGAGGCGGGAUUUGAACAAAGGCUUCAGACAGCAGAGUCUGGGCUCUGAACCAGUGCUUCUCAAACAAUCUGUGUUUUUAAUUAUUAUUUCUAAUCCUUACAGACCAGUACUUUGUCAGCCUUGAUGAGUUGUGAAAUUUCAAAAAGGAGACAGCAUUUGUGAUGAGGGCUUCUGUAGGCCCCUUCUCCACUCUGCGUCCUGGGACCCAAGGGUGCUCACAGACCCACAGGCACUGGGGGCACAUGAGCACCCAUCCCCUGGCAGCCCAGGGGCUCUCGUGUGAGACAAAAACUUGAGCUAGAACCUUCCAGGAGACCAGAUUCAUUUCCAGCAUCUCUACCCUUCUACCAGAUUUGGUUACUUUCCUCCCCCCACCUCAAAAUAGCAGCUGCUUUUUCCAAAUCUUCAACCUUUCAACACUCCUACAUGGUAUUUACUACAGAUAUUUUUCAUUACAAAAGAAUAUGCCAAAUUUUUGUGGCCCCAGGUGAUUCAUAUUGUGUGUGUACAUAAAUUACUAUCUAUGGUUAAAAAAAAAAAACCCAGUGCCUAUCUAUGGUAGAGGCAAGAAAUUACCAUUUAUCAAAUGACAACCCCCAUGCCAGGUACUUUCACUCAAAUUAUGUUAUUUGAUCUCCCCCACCAUCCUGUUGGAAAUCCUGGUGUGGUAGUGGUUAAGUGCUACAGCUGCUAACCAAAACAGGUUGGCAGUUUAAAUCCACCAGGCGCUCCUUGGAAACUCUGUGUCUGUUCUAUAGGGUUGUUAUGAGUCGGAAUCCACUUGAUGGCAAUGGGUUUGGUUUUGUUUUUUACUAUCCCUCUUGUUAUCCCCAUUUUACAGUUGUGGAAACUGAGGCUGUGAGAAAUGAAGGGACUUGCCCAAGGCCACACAGCCAAGAAGUGGUCAAGCUGAUCCAGAGUCUCCUACUGGAGAACCCCACCCUUCGCUCCCUGGCCUGCCCUGAGGGGCACAGACACAGGCAGUCCUCACAGUGGGGAGAGCCCUGCGGAAUCCAGACCCUAGUGAAGGACAGGCAUUUGCUUAUUUUAUAAUUGUCACCUCCACUAAAGCCAUUGUAGCACUUGGGUCACAACAACAUGUGAAUUUUGGCCUCAUCUUCCCCCUAAGUGUUCGUGCCUCCCAACCCCUAGGUCUCUGCCUUUCCCACUGUUUUUCCCAGUUUGGGAACCUCAGCCUUUUCUCUUUCUGCCCCUCCCCACCCACUUGCUCCAUUUUCCUGUCUCUGCCCUCCAGACCUCCUCCAGGCUGCAGCCAAAAGGCCCCCUUUGCCUCCUAAUCUGUUAACUCCUGGCCAUGUACAGACCCUGGCCAGUGCCUGGCUCCAAGGACCCCGUCAUGUGGCACCUAUACUCCCCGUCAAGUGGCUCCAACACCCUUAUCACGGAGCUCUGACAUCCCCCUCAUGUGGUUCCGACACCCCCAUCCUGGGUCACUGUUCCCCAGACCCAGUAUGCUCUCCCUGGAGCCUCUCAUCACAACUACAUUGUGGGCUUUUCCUUUGCGUGCAUUUCUCCCCCAGCCAGACUGUGAGGUCCUGGAGCACAUAUCCACAGGCUCCCACCCUUCGCGUGGGUCCUACCCUGAGCUCACUCUAUGAAAGAACUGUUUGAGGGGUGACUACAGAAAGAAUGGAUUUGCUCGCUACUCCCGCUUACUUCUGAUUAUAGCCUGUGUGGCCGGCUGCGCAUGUUGAUGUCAGCUUGUGUACACGAUCAGCCUGAACGUUCGCCAGCUGUCCCUCCCACCAGGAGAUAGAUGGAGGCAUUACGUGAAUGAGAGGAGCAUUCUUGACUCUUCUCCUGGCAUCAAUCUGUACUCGUGUUGGGUGUGUGGGUGACUGCAAAAUAAAUGUUGAUUACAGCAUCAGCUUCGGGAGGCGGCCACCACUGGGGGCUCGGCUGGGAUGGAGGCCAGGGAUGACUCACGCUGGCUGCUGUGAGGACAGAGGAGAGUGAGUUCUGGGUCCAGGCCACCCGCCUUGUAUGUGGCACCUUCUGUGGCCCGCUUCCCUCUCUGUUCCCUUAGCUUCUCCAGCCUGGGACAGGUUUUCAUCAACUCCAGCUGGGUCUUGUUGGAAGAGGGGGUCCUAACCAGUUUCUCUCCUCCUAGGCCUCCUGGACCCCUCUGCCCAGCCUUUGUGUGCUGAACACUGCGGAUCGUUCUCAUUGGGCUAAUGGUCUCAGUUAAACCUAACAACUCUAGGGAGUAGGAACCAUUGUCCCCACGUUCCAGAUGGGGAGACUGAGGCAUACAAGUGACGUGUGAGUAACGGGGCCAGUGUAGACUCAGCAGCCUGACUGUGCAGCCCCUGUUGAGUCACUGAGUCACGGUGCUCUAUUGCUCCCAAAGCACCAGUGGACAUGGAAGAAUGCUCCUUAAGUUUAAAAAGACAAAGCUAUUUUGUCCUUCUGCAGUGCCCGACACAUGUAGUGUUUAAUUCCCGUCCUAUAUUUUGCACUCCUGUUUCGUGAUUCUUAAUCUUGUCACUCCAGCCAUUCCUGAAAGUACACGUCUUCAUGACCCACCGGCAGCCAGCACCCACCGGGCCCACGGGUGGAUGAGGACAGUGUACCAACAGCAGUGUUAUUGUGUUGUUAGGUGCCUUUGAGUUGGCCCUUAACUCUUGGUGACCCCCCGCACAACGGAAUGUAACACUGUCCAGUCCUACGGCAUUCCCAGGACCAGUUAUAGACUGGACCAUUGGGAUCACAGGGUUUUCAUGGGCUGAUUUAUGGAAGUAGAUUGCCAGGCCUUUCUUCCUAGUCUGGAAGCUCUGCAGAAACCUGUUCAGCAUCAUCAGUUGAGUCCUCACCAUGCACUAGCCUUGUUACGAAAGGCAUUAUUUAUCUCCUUGAUCUAAAUGAAAUGCACAGGCAUUUCACUGAGACCCGAGAAAGAAUGAAACCAAAACUCCCACUUAUUCUCUCUUGUAUCUGGUGGCAUCGGGCAAGUUAUUCGGUUCCUCUGUGGCUUGGUUUCCUCCUCUGGAAAAUGGAUUUUGUUAUUGAGAUUACAUGCUUUAUUACAUGAUUUCAUCAGGUGCAAUGCCUGGCAUAAAGAAAGGCUCAAUACGUGGUCAAGCCUUUUUCUAUCACUCUAUUCCCGUUUUACAGAAAAGACGACUGAGUCCCAGAGAGAUUGGAGUGGGGGUGGGAAACACACCUGGAAGCCCGGGUUCCUCUCCCUUCAAUUCACGCUGCAGAGUGAGCAGCUGGCCUUCCUGGUUUCCCCCCCAUUGCUGCUGCUCUCUGUCCUUUCCCCCAGGCCCUGCCCCUGGGCCCUGGAGGUGCUGAGCCAGCCUGUCAUAGAGGAAGCAGAGCUGCAGUGUCUUUGGCACCUCUGGAGGCUCAGGCAUUCUGCCCUGGGACUUGCUGCAUCCUGGGGGCAGGUCCCUGCCACCUGCACCCAACAAGGUAGACCCGACAGCCACUCCAGCAGGACCUUUGGACCCCAGGACUGAGGGGGCCACUGAUACCACGGCCUCCUUCUGGCCUGGCAAAGUUCCGUAGCUAUAGACAGAUGUUUGGAGACACUUGAGGGUAGGCCACUCGGGAGCUGCGCAGCUCGCAGGCCUGGCUGAUGGGACAGAAGAGGGAGAGGGUUGGCAGAGAGUGAAUGGGCUCUGUACAAACAGCAGGAUUAUGGAGGAAACAGGUGGCAGCAAGCAGAGGGGUCCCAGACCGUUCUCAGACCACAGGUGUCUGAAAAGAGUGCAGCACAGUGCCCAUGUCUCUUUGCAAAAUGACCAAGGUCCCACCUGUAGCCUGGUGCAGCUUUGCACUGACAAAGGGGGCUUGGCCAGAGGAGACCAUCCUCAGCUUCUGCAGCCCAGGGGCCAGGCUUUGCCUUACUCUCUACCCCUUCCCCAGCCCAGGGUAAGCUGUCUCAGGGGUCCCAGGCCCCAGCUGCACCUCCCUCUCUCCUAUGGGAGCAGAAUGAGAGCCAUCUGGCAGCCUUGCCGCUGCCCGAUGCCCUUCAGGCUCACACAGGCUGUGGGGCUCCCCAAGACCCAGGGGACAUUUAUUCUCCUUCAUGUGACCUUCUCAGGGGACUUGUUGCCAUUUUCCACAAGCCCAUGUCAGUUUGAGACUCGGGCCACGGCCAUAACCGGCUUGCUUUAUUUUCUGUGCGAAGUGUUCCCGGGCCUUUGUUUUUCCUGUUUUUUCUGAUCACAGCAGAUUAAACACAGAAAUGUAGAAACCAAGGGUUUAGGAGGCUGGGCCAGAGCUUGAUGUGACCUUCCGUUCCUCGGAACACAGGAAGAAGGGGAGUAACUGAGGGAAGGCCGGCCUCUUACUGACUGGCUUGGACAAGCAACUGAGCUUCUCCAAGCCUCAGUUUCCUCACCUGUAAAAUGAAAAUAAAAAUGCUCAUCUCCCUAGGAUAGUUUGUAGCAUGUGCCUGGUCCAUAAAACGAGCUCAGUAAAUGGUGGUGGAUGUUGUUAGUUGCUAUCAAGUUGGCUUCGACUCAUGGCGACCCCGUGUGUGACAGAACAAAACGCUGUCUGAUCCUGCACCAUUUUCACAAUUGUUGGUAUGGUUGAGUCUAUUGUUUUGACUAUUGUGCCAAUCUUUCUCUUUUAGGGAUUUCCUCGUUUUCACUGACCUGCUACCAAACAUGAUGUCAUUUUCUAGCAAUUGGUCUUUACUAGUGAAGUGUCCAAAAUAAGCGAGCCAAAGUUUUGCCAUCCUCACUUCUAAGGAGCAUUCUAGUAGCUGAAAAGAAAUUGAAAAGAGCUGAUGCCCUCAGUUCUGCCUGAAACUCUAGAGGCUAAGGUGACAUGAGUGGGAGAACCCGGAGGGGGUGCUUCCUUCUCUCAGAGGCAAUUCAGGGUCACGGUAAAGAGUGAAUUUGAAGAAUUGAUUAAUCUCACCAUUGUGUUUGGAAUGUGUACGUUGAGCAUCCACGAUACUCCACUACACAGCCAGGCCCUUGGUCCCAUUCACCCAAGGUGAGGGAGGGUGGGGCAGGGUAAGACUAGGGUUUCCUAGGCAGCAGUGAAUUCCUGCCUCGGCGGAUUGCAUGGGAUUUCUAGGCCUGGCUUCCCCCAUGCUCUAGGUCCCUGCCCUUGCUCCGUCAUCCUGAGGGGCCUCUGGCAAACCCUGUCCACAGCCUGGGAAACACAGCCAGAUUCCCUAGGGUGCACUUCCUCCCAGUAAGCUCUCACCUCCUGGACCCUUCCCACCUUUGCCUUUUCUUCCUUCCUCCCACAGGUGAGGCAUAACUAGAGAAGAUUCAUUGUGGAGGUGGGGAGUCUGUUCUGGAAUCUGCCCCUUUCCUCCUGACCACUGCGGGAUGUCUGACCCUUAGAGACGGCCCGAGAGAAGGAGGCUGGGACUGGACUGGGGAAUCUGGGGGUCAGGGAAUGGGGUUUCUUUUCCCUCCUUUCUUUUUUUUUUUAAAGCAAGAGAUAAAUAAAUGUCACCCUGAGAUGACAAGAGAACAUUGACAGAGAUAAAAGUAGAGUAAAAGGGAGUGAGAGACCAAAAGCAAAGGACGGGGGAUUUGGACUCUACACUGCAAUGAGGGGAGAGAUGAAAUAGAAAAGAAAGAGAUGAGACGGGAGUGCAGGACUGAGAUGCAGAGCGGAGGAAGGGGUUGCCAGGGAAACGGAAGGAGGGGAGGAAUGAAGGGAGAGGAAGAUGGGAUGGAGAAGGCUGGUGGAGGGUGCAUGUGGGAGGGGCCUGAGACUGGAGGCUGGGGAGGAGGAAGGGAAGCCAUGAGGGGCUCUCAGUCUCAAUCAGACCGCAGUGUGGGGAAACUGAGGCUGACCGGGGAAGAAGACCUGGCCCAGAAAGUUCAUCCCUGCCAAGGGCUGAUGGGGUGGAAAGAGUGGCAGCCUCUCCAAGCUCAGUUUCCACAUUCUAGAUAGGAAUGGUACUCCCCACCCCAGAGGGCCUCCCAGAGGCAGCAUGUGUUCGUCCCUGGGCCUGACAAAGUUCAAGGCCAAUAAAUGCUUGUGUUCCUUCACUUGGGAUUCUUAUCUCUGUCCCCUGAACUUGUGAGCCGAAGUUUUUUGUUUUUUGUUUCUGUUACUUUAAGCUGGUGAUCUUUGGGCCCAGCAUUGUAUACUUGUUUGGAGGACAGUAGUGCUUUUUUGUUUCCGGAAUUAGAGGAAAGAUGUGGAGCCUCCCAGAAACAUGGGGUCCUGGGAAGAGGAACUGGUCCUGAAGCUCAGAGAAAGGAAGUCCAGAUUCAGGGGUUUCCACCUGGCUGCUUUCCAAAGGCUGGGCUCAGCAAGGGACCUUUUUUUUUUUUCUUUGCACUUGAACAUGGGUAUUUUCAAAAGGGCAAUGGUUCCUUCUAUAUGUACUCUGCUAGGGAUGCUAUGGUGAGCAAACAGACAAGAUCGCUAACUGGGAUGCCAGGUAAUUGUACAAAUUGCCGAGUAAUUGUACAAAUAAAUAUAUCAUUAAGCAUUGCCAUAAGGACCUGGCAGGAAAAGUAUAAAACUUCAAAUUGCUUAGAACUCAGGGGAACAGACCUGUUUGGGAGGAUCAGGGAAGGCUUCCUGAGGAGGUGAUGCCCGAGUGGAAAGCAGAAGGAUAAGGAACAAAGAAGAACAUUUGGGCACAGGGAACAGCAUAUGAAAAGGCCACAUGCAGACAAAGAAUAAUUGAAGGAAAUGAAAGAAAGCCUGUGUGGCUGGGGGGUGAUGAGUGAAGGGACAAGCACUUGUGCUAUGAAGUUGAAGUUGGCAGAGACCAGCCAAGCAAUGUUUUUUAUGGGUCCUUGGUGCAAUGUUUGGACUUGAUUGCAAGAGCAGUGGGAAGCGACUGUGGGGUUGUGAGCAGGGUAGGAUGUCAUGACCAAUGGGUACAUGUGAGCACAAGGCUUGCUCUGGAUCUCUCUGCCCCUUGGUCUUCACUCUUUAUCAUUGGAGGACAAAGGGCACCUAUGAGGCAGAACUCCUGAGAGCUCAAAAUACUUCCUGCAGGUGGGUUGAAUAUUCCCUGGGUGGGGCAAAAAGCUAACUGCUCAGCUGCGAACUGAAAUGUUGGAGAUUGGAGCCUACCCAGAAAGGCCUGGCAAUCUGCUUUCAGAAAAUCAGCCAUUGAAAACCCUAUGGAGCACAGUUCUACUCUGACACACACAGGGUUGUUACGAAUCGAAGUCGACUUGAUGGCAACUGAACUGAAGGUGGGUUGGACAGUGGAAAUCCUUGGCUCCCUCACACCACCGCAAUUCUCUACAGCCUCCAGACUGUUGAGGGUCAACCCCUUGGUGGGGAAGCCUGAGUAUGUGGGGGUGGCCACAAUGUUUGCCGUGAAUGGAAGAAAACUUCACUGGGACUCAAGCUCUCAGGUUAGUUCCCAUCGUGGGAUGGGGACAUUGGUACCUGUUUCCACAUCUGUAAAAUGAGAGUGUUGCACAGGAGGGACCCCAAAGUUCCUUCCAGCUCUGCUGAUGUAAUAUUGCAAGACCAGCCUAGAGGGCCCGAGGCCAAAGUGGCCAAGGGGGAAGGGCCUACCGGGAGGCCACUGUCCUUCGUGAGACAGCCAAGCUGUCCUCCCUCUCAGAAAAGAAGGACACAUAUGCUCAGUAGGCAUGUGAGUGGCCAGGCAGGAGGACCCAUGGACCAUGGCUUCUGGGGCCUGAUGACUUGAGAUCAGAGACACCGCAUCCUACCAUACUUAGCAUCAAGGGAAAGCCACCAAACCCUUCUUACGCAGCUCUGAGGGCAAUUUGUGCAGCAGACACCCCAUUGACAGGCAAGAAUCAGAUACCCACCCAACUUGCCUCGGGACCAAGGGGACUGGUCAUCAGUGAGAGUCCCCAGUCUAGGAGCAGGACCCAGGCACCAUGGGGAAUCUGCAUAGCCUCAGGGCCCCUCAGGCUUUCCAUAUGGUAUCUCAGUCUGUGUCCUGCUAGGGCUUUGCUUCCUGGACUGCAGGCUCCCUCCUCCUCAAAGGGUCAGCCUCCCAGCUUACUCAAGGUUCCUGUCCCCUGGUGGUGUGGCCCAGCUCCAGCUCGUGGCCCACCUUUGCAUUUUCUUUGGACAUCUGCUCCUGUGGUUGAUGGCAUGAGGCUUGAUGUAUACCUCAUUUCCAAGAGAGGAACCCAUUUGCCUAAGUUCACUGAGGGAUGGGGAGGAGCAGGACAUAGGCCCAGGGUCCCCUACUGUGUGACCUGUCCUUGGUAAGACACCUGGGAUGGGGUGGGGACAGGUGUGUUACAGGUGGCUGCCCAGGGGCUGGGUUUGGGCAGUAGCCCUGGGAGAAGAAUGAGGAAGGAGCACGCCUGGGUGGGCUGUCACAGGUCACUUUAAUUUAAGCAUCCUCAUCAGCUGUUACUAAUUGACUUGGAGAAUUAAAACCAUCUGAGAAGCUUCUAGAACAUACAAAUGCCCAAGCCUGUAGUAGUGUCCUAGGGCUGCUCUAACAAAGCACCACCAAGUGGGCAGCUUAAAACAACAGAGUUAUUCUCUUACAGUUCUGGAGGCCAGUGUCUGAGAUCAAGAUGUCAGCAGAGCCAUGCUCCAGCUGAAGGCUCUAGGAGAGGAUCCUUCCUUGCCUCUUCUAGCUUCUGGUGGUCCCAGGUGUUGCUUGGCUUGUGGCAGCAUCACUCCAGUCUCUGCCUCCAUCUUCACACAGCCCCUUCCCUCUGUGUCUAUCUCUGUGCCUCUUCUUUUUUUGUAAGGACACCAGUCACGUUUGAUUAGGUCCCACCCUACUCCAGUAUGACCUCAUAUUAACUUAACUGAUUAUAUCUGCAAAGAUGCUAUUUCCCUGUAAGGUCACCUUCACAGGUACUGGGGGUUAGGAACUUGGCAUAUCUUUUUGGAGGUAUGAAUCAACCCAUAACGAGGUCCCAUAUCCAGAGAUUCUGAUUUAACUGGUCUGGGGUGAAGCCCAGAUAUUGGUACUGUAAUUGAAUGAUGCCAGUUCUGGAACCCUGUGGGACCAGGGUCUCUGUCGUCUGGGAGGCGGGGAGACUUUCAGAACAGGCCUUGCUGUCACAGGUCUGUGGGAGGGACUGCCCUGCCUGUGAGGGUGAGGCUGAAGCUUUCCCAGGGGAAGGAGCUUAGAGCUGGCCUCAUAGGCCUGCGCUCCUGGGGACUGGCCCAGAACAAAGCCUUUCUCUGUGCAGCCUGGAGGCGACCCCUGGGGAGGACGCAGAACCGCUCUGAGGUUAAGGAGAGCAAAGCAAGGGCUUUCCGUCUAGCCCCAUUCAUUCAUUCACUCGAGGUCUCUUGGUGACAGUAUCAGCUUCUUUCCCAUCCUCUUUUCCCCACAGGCCCUGAUUUAGCAGGCCCCCAAGGUGGUAUCUUUCUCUCAAGCUGCUCCCCUGCUGGGCUCUGUUUCCCUGCACUCACUGUCCCCAAGGCGCAGUCUGUCUGAUGGGGGAGGCACCCAUAAGUAGACACAGUUGUGAACCAGCAUCGUGUUGUCAGGUGCGGAAGAGGGCUCUGUCCCCACCCCACAGGCUGAGGAAGGCUUCCCAGGGAGGCAGUGCCUGCACUGAAUCCUAAAAGAUGAGGAGAAAUUCUCCCGGGGGGAAAGAAGGGUAGUCCUAGCAGCGGAGUCAGCCCAUGUAAACGCCCUGCGGUGGGAACCAGCAGUGUGCAGAGAACUGAGUGGACAUGCGGAACGAGAGACAGAGAGACAAGAACGCUGAUGGAGGGUCAGAUGGGGCCUGGCUGGGGACAGCCUUCGGCAGCAAGCUAAGCAUGGGCACUUCAUCCUACAGGGGCUGUCAGUGGGAUCAUGGGCCAGAAACUUGCAUUCUAGUCCUUGCUUCCGCACCAUCUUGCUGUGUGACCUGGGUCAGCCAUCUCUGGGCCUCAGUUUCCUAUCUAUAAAAAGGAGCAGGACACAGUGAUCAUUUUAUGUGCUUUGCAGGUUGGUGGUGGCCCAGCCACUCUGACCUCUGGAGUCAGGGUUCAGCCAGUCUGUCCACAGAGAAAAGGGGAACCUGAGGCAGAGACGAGUCCUAUAAGGAAGAGAGGCACACACUUCCCCCAGGCCACCCUCCGGCCUCCAGCCCCAGGAGGCAGCCUGCACCUGCUGGGCCCCUGGGCUGCUGAGUGGAGGCCUUGUGGCCUGGGCAGAAGUGAGACUGUGGCAAGGAGCCCAAGGUUUGCACAAGUUUCCUGGCUUUCGCUUCCUCUUCCUCCUCCUUUCUGGAGAUGUGAGCAGAGUUUACCUCUCAGUCUCCUGUCAGGAGGAAGACAGAGGAAACAAAGGAGGUGGUUUCGCUAUUGAGUUCCCUGAAGGUUUUUACAGACUGGGACUUUUCUCCAUUCCAGGCUCAGUUCCCUGUCCUGCCACACCCCAGGAUCAGCCUCUCUGGAGUGUGGUUUAGGGUCUCCAGGGGCAAAGGGCACAGAGCCACUGUCCCUAAGAGAACAGCUGGCAACAGAGGCUAGAAAGGGAAGCCAGAGCCAGGUCUUGGAGGGCUUGAAUGCCAAACCCAGGAGAGACCCUCCUCUCUUGCUCUGAUGGGCCUUCCCUAGGCAGGCCUUUUAAGCCCCCAGACUCCUGUCUCACUAGCCACAAGCCAGACCAGACCUUGGGUGCCUUCUAUCGUGCUCUGCCUCACCAUCUCUGUCCCAGGGGACACCAGCCACCCUGAGCCACCCCCUUGCAGCCUUCUGCUCACCACUGUUACUGGGACUCUCCCCUGCUCCUAGAAAAGUAUCCAGCCCUCAAGAGGCUCUUGUGCCCAUUUUACAGAUAAGGAAGCAGAGACCCUGAGGGUCACACAGCAAGUCGUUCAUUAAUUCUCUCACAAGGCUGUUUACAGGAACCAUAGUAGGAUGGAGGAACUAAUGAGGCAAUACAGGGAACAACAGUGGGAGGCCUGGGUCCCCAUGUGGGUGGGGAGAGCCUCCUGCUGGGCAUUGGAGGAGGACACUGACAUCUGUUCCCAGAGGCAGCCUGACCCUCAGGCCUGAGUGUGGGAGGGUUGAUGAUAAGCUGGGAAACUGGGCCUAUCUUAGGCUUCCAGUGUAAAUGGCCAAGUCCCCUCCCUCCCUUUCUCUUCACUCCUCUCCUUCCCUUCCCCCUGCCUUUGUUUCUUGGCCUCCACAGCCUCUUUCCCUCCCACCCCCUGCUCAAUCAGGCUCCCCACCUCCCUGUCUGUUCAUUCCUCUUCUCUCUCUCUCCCUCUCUCUUUCUCUCUGCUGUGGCUUCCCUUCCCCCACUCCCAGCUCCCAGCACAAGUCUUUAAACUAUAAUCAGGCAGCUACCCUUUUCCUCUAUUUCCCCGCCUCUAACAUUUACAUUCUCUUGGCUCAGUGUGGGUAGGCUUAGGGGACCAAGGGGCCCUGGUGGGAGGAGUGUUGCACCCCCCACUGACGGGGCCCCGUCAUCACCCUGGUCGAGCAGGUGGGGGAGCCCAGGGCACCAGGAGCCUGAGCUGCCUGUUCUCUUGGUCACUGGAGAGCUUUUGUUCUGCGCCCUCAGCACAGGCGGGGAGAGGCCCUGCCCUGAGGAGGAAGUGCCACCUGCGGCCCAUGGGUUUGGGCAGCCCUGGUACACAUGUAGUGCACACCUGGCAGGUCCUUCUCCUGCCCUGGGAAGCCCCAGGGUUGUAGGGUGUGAGAAUGAAGGGGGUGGGGGGUGGACCAGAAAGAUGGCUCAGGAGGUGGAGGAAUAAUGAUACCAGGUUACAGAGCCCCCAGCCUCCCACUACUCACACAAGCAUGGGAAAUGCAGGUAAAUUAGAUUCCUGCCAUCAUCUUUCUUUCUCUCUGCCUCUGUCUCAAUAAACAUACGUACACACAGCCCACUGGGCUGCCUCAGAACCAUGCUCUGCUGUGAAGAGGGCAAAUAGGUGGAUACAGGGCCCAGCCCAGGCCUCAUAAGUUCCAUUAAACAUGCACUUACGGGGCCCUGUGUGUUGUAGCUGGGCAAGUAUCCAUCCAGUAGGAGGGAAAGCAGGGGCCUGACAGGCCAGGUGUGGCCGCGAAGGCUUCCAGGAAGAGGUCUUAGUGGACACCAAUGAGAGGCCCCAGUUCCCUAGGUCUGCCUGUGGCCCUGACCAGCCAGCCGGGAGCCAGCCUGAAGCUUCACGCUUGAGCUGCCCAGAGCUUGCUCAUGGGUUCCCACUGGCUCCUCAUAACCUCGAGGUCAGUAGAGCAGCCCUGGGAGUGGAGACGAGACACAGCUCCCAGGUUGCAGAGCCCAAAGGAACAGGGAUGGAGAUAUGGAGCUCAGAGGGGGCUGACUGUAGGGCCAGACAGACCUCAGCCAGCCAGAACCCAGCUCUGCCCAAUUAACUGGGCAAUCUUGAGCACAUUUCUUGGCCCUGGAAACACACCAGCCCCCACAGAAUUGUUUUUGUUGUUGUUGUUAGGGGCUGUCGAGUUGGUUCCGACUCAUAGCGACCUUAUUAUGCACAACAGAACGAAACACUGCCCAGUCCUGCGCCAUCCUUAAAAUCGUUGUCAUGCUUGAGCUCAUUGUUGCAGCCACUGUGUCAAUCCACCUCGUUGAGGGUCUUCCUCUUUUCCGCUGACCCUUUACUUUGCCAAGCAUGGCGUCCUUCUCCAGGGACUGAUCCCUCCUGACAACAUGUCCAAAGUAUGGAAGACGCAGUCUCGCCAUCCUAGCUUCUAAGGAGCAUUCUGGUUGUACUUCUUCCAAGACAGAUUUGUCCGUUCUUUUGGCAGUCCGUGGUAUAUUCAGUAUUCUUCACCAACAGCACAAUUCAAAGGUAUUAAUUCUUUGGUUGUCCUUAUUCACUGUCCAGCUUUCACAUGCAUAUGAUGCGAUUGAAAAUACCAUGGCUUGGGUCAGGCACACCUUACUCUUCAAGGUGACAUCUUUGCUCUUCAACGCUUUAAAGAGGCCCUUUCCAGCAGAUUUGCCCAAUGCGAUGCGUCUUUUGAUUUCUUGACUGCUGCUUCCAUGGCUGUUGAUUGUGGAUCCAAGUAAAAUGAAAUCCUUGACAACUUCAAUCUUUUCUCCGUUUACCAUGAUGUUGCUCAUUGGUCCAGUUGUGAGGAUUUUUGUUUUCUUUAUGUUGAGGUACAAUCCAUACUGAAGGCUGUGGUCUUUGAUCUUCACCAGUAAGUGCUUCAAGUCCUCUUCACUUUCAGCAAGCAAGGUUGUAUCAUCUGUAUAACGCAGGUUGUUAAUGAGUCUUCCUCCAAUCCUGAUGCCCCGUUCUUCUUCAUGAUAAUCCAGCUUCUCAGAUUAUUUGCUCAGCGUACAGAUUGAAUAGGUAUGGUGAAAGGAUACAACCCUGAAGCACGACAUUCCUGACUUUAAACCAAUCAGUUUUUAGGAUUACAUAAAUGGCUCACUGGGCCCUGCUGAGCACUUACUAAUCAGAUGCUUAGCUGUUCCACCUCUUUGUGUUUGUGGUGAGUUGUCAGCACCUCUGGGUCAUCCCCUUUUACACCAGCACAAGCCCCUGUCAUUGAAGCACGUUCUGCGUUCCUCAGCCCCAAAGCCAAACCACCCGCUAUUAUAGGAAGGUGCCUUUCUGGCGGCUUCGCCAGAGGUAGGGGAAUAGACUGGAUUUGCACCUGGUGUCCAGAGCAAUCAUUAGGAGUGGCCGCUUUUACUCUUGGAAGGUCCGAUUUGGACAAUAAAUUACAUGGUUACCCUCCCUGCAGGGAACCAUACUGGACCUGUUCUCCAGUUCCCAUGGGUGUGUGCUGCCUGACUUUCCUGCCGCCUCAUCUCUAGUGUAGUUUUAAGUGUUUCUGUGUCCCUGGAAUUGGGGCCGAGGAGGGGAAGGUCAGGGGUGGGCGCUAACACUCACCCCAUGGUGAUAAUGUGCAGGCCCCGACACUCUUGCCACAUCUCAUUACCACCCUGUGAGUCAGGCAUCUCUCCCCAUCUGUACAGAUGAGGAAACUGAGGCUCGGCACAUGGCAGGACUUGCCCAAGGUCACACAGUCAGUAAAUGGCAGAUUCUGGAUUUGCACUCAGAAUCCAGCGCCAGGACCUUGCACGGACUUCACUAUUGAUGAUUAGUUCUUCCUCCUUGCUGGCCCUGCCUUGAGGGAAGUCUAGAAAAUGCUGAGUACGGUGUUUGCUCAAACCCACAGCAGACAUGUGGGCUGCUGCCAGGUGCUGCGUCAGAGGCAGGCCGCCGUGACUGGAGGGAGUGACUUCCGCAAGGGGUGGUUGGGCUUGCUCAGAAAACCCAGCAGUGCCUGGUGGACGUGGGGUAGGGGUGGCUGUGGUGGGCCCCAUGAGAACAGAGACCCUGCCUUAUUCACCUUGCUAUCCCCAAGCACAGGGACUUAUGAACAAAUAUUUGCGGCACGAAUGAUUGAAUGAAUGAGUUCUUAGUCCCUGGUGAUUGUCCUCAGUCCUUGAAGCUUUUGGAAAAAGCUGGGAUCCCAAAGCGGAGAGAUCUCUCAGCUCUGUGGCUUUCAUCAGAAGAGGUUUCCUCCAAAGAUCUAGGUAGGCAAGUAACAGUGAUUCUUUAUAUUUGGUUAGGGCUGUGUAAGUAACGAAGCCCCUUCACCUGUGUUAGGACCUCAGGGCUCUGAACAACUAUUUUAUAGAUGGGGAAACUGAGGCUCAGAAGUGUCUUUGAAGUGACUUUGCUUAGUCACAAGCUAGUAAGUGACAGAGCCGGGAUUUGAGGCCAGGCGGCCCAACUCUUAGUUAAAAAGGCAGGGAUUCUGAAGCAGAUUUAGCCUGUCUGGUCUGUUCCAGAUGGACUCUGAACCCCAUGUCAAAGGUUUCCUUCAAGAGCCCUACUUUAAGCUUAAUAGUGUAAUCUUUAGUGUCUGUUUCAAGGAGGCUAAUUCCUGUCUGGGGUAUUUUUAGCUGGCCUCAGGAAGGGGAAGCUACCCUGUGCUGCGGGAGAGGAGGGCACUAGGCAGAGGGAGCAAGUUUCCUGAGGAAGACCACGAAGCCUCUUUUCCAGAGGGCUGGACCUGACCCCAGGAGAUGCCGUAGCAGGACAGCAGGCCAGGCAGGCAGGAGUCACCCCAGGAAUAAUCUUUUUCCCCUCUCUGGAGUGCCUUUGUGCCAGGCGCAGAGCCGGGGGCGGGUCUGGUCGUGACUAUCUGAAGCUGAGGCUGGGCACGAUGGUUGGGGGAGGUCCCUAGUGCUGGGGAAACCAGGAGACUCGUGAGGGUGGGCUGGGGGCUGGAAGGCCCUGCAAACAGGUGGACUUGAGGGGUGCCUGGGAGGCCGAGAAGAGGAGCAAGAGUAGGUUGGGGAGAGGGUGGGGAGAGGGUGUACAGAGUACUUAGGAAAGUAGUGUGCAUUGAUGCAGCUGGAGCCCAUAGGCAGGGAAACACCACUGUGCCUGGGGGUUUGGACCUGAACAAGUGUUUUUAGAAGAACUCAUGCUAACUGGAAGGUUAGAGGUUCCAGUCUACCCAGAGGUGCCUCAGAAGAAAGGCCUGGCAAUCUACAUCCAAAAAAUCUGCCACUGAAAACCCUAUGGAACACAGUUCUACUCUGACACACAUGGGGUCUCCGUGAGACAGAGUUGACUAGAUGGCAGCAGGUUUUGGUUUGGUUACAUCAGAGGCUGUGGCAGUGAACCUGGGAGUCAGUUUUAGCAUUCCUUUGGCAGUUGUCUCAAACAGUCUAGCAGUCACAAAAGCCCUUCCUUCAAAUCAGAUCUUACAUGGAACUCCAAGUAAUGCCCUCCUAGCCAGCCGCCGCGGGAUGGAGGGCUUCAUGGACUCAGGGACACAGACGGACGCCGUGGUGGUGCUGUCCUUGGCUCAGGCCGCCGUGCUGGGCCUGGUCUCCGAAAAUGAGCUCUUUGGAGCCACCAUAAGCGCCGAGGCCUUCUACCCAGACCUGGGGCCUGAGUUAUCUGGGGCGGCCAUGGGGGAGCCUGGGCCACCGGGCCCUGAUGUCUACCAGCUGGCCUGCAAUGGGCGGGCCCUGGAGGAGCCAGUGGAGGAGGAGGUGCUGGAGGUGGAGGCUGCCUUUGAGAAGCACACCCGGCGGAAGACACGGCCCCCUGUGCGGCUGGUACCCAAGGUUAAGUUUGAGAAGGUGGAGGAAGAGGAGGAGCAGGAGGUAUAUGAGGUAUCUGUGCCUGGCGAUGACAAGGAGGCAGGCCCAGCAGAGGCCCCCGCCCAGGUGGCCAGUGGCGGCUGCGAAGCCCUAGUGCAGAGCAGUGCUGUCAAGAUGAUCGACCUCAGCGCCUUCAGCCGCAAGCCCCGGACGCUUCGGCACCUACCCCGAACCCCGCGGCCGGAGCUGGACGUGGCCCCCUACGACCCUCACUUACCUGACCCAGCCCAGGAUGGCUACCCCGAGCCCAGCGUGGCGCUACCGGGGGCCGAGUCUGUGACUACUGAGUGUGGUUUCGAGCCGCCCCACCUGGCCCCCCUGAGUGAUCCUGAGGCCCCCACCAUGGAAUCCCCAGAGCCAGUGAAGCCGGAGCAGGGCUUCGUGUGGCAGGAGGCAGGCGAGUUCGAAACGGACGCAGCAGGCUCAACGGUGGAGCGCCACAAGAAGGCCCAGCUGGAUCGCCUGGACAUCAACGUGCAGAUCGACGACUCCUACCUGGUGGAGGCAGGCGACCGCCAGAAGCGUUGGCAGUGCCGCAUGUGCGAGAAGUCCUACACGUCCAAGUACAACCUGGUGACGCACAUCCUGGGCCACAAUGGCAUCAAGCCACACUCGUGCCCACACUGCAGCAAGCUCUUCAAGCAGCCUAGCCACCUACAGACGCACCUGCUGACACACCAGGGCACGCGGCCCCACAAGUGCCAGGUGUGCCACAAGGCCUUCACGCAGACCAGCCACCUCAAGCGCCACAUGCUGCUGCACUCGGAGGUCAAGCCCUACAGCUGCCACUUCUGUAGCCGUGGCUUCGCCUACCCCAGUGAGCUCAAGGCCCACGAAGUGAAGCACGAGAGUGGCCGCUGCCACGUCUGUGUCGAGUGCGGCCUGGACUUCUCUACCCUGACGCAGCUCAAGCGCCACCUUGCCUCCCACCAGGGCCCCACCCUCUACCAGUGCCUCGAAUGCGACAAGUCCUUCCACUACCGCAGCCAGCUGCAGAACCACAUGCUGAAGCACCAGAACGUGCGGCCCUUCGUGUGCACUGAGUGCGGCAUGGAGUUCAGCCAGAUCCACCACCUCAAGCAACACUCGCUCACCCACAAGGCUAUUAGCCGCUCUGCCUUCCAGCCAGCAUCCCCUCCUCGAGAAGCCCUUACGUCCAGGGGUCCGUGCACCGAAAAGACCACCAAGAGUCAACACGGAGAAGAACAUACACACAUCCUUGAUCUGAUGAAACCAUCUGCAGCCACCAGACUAAGCCUGGGUCUUCUUUACCACAGGCCCCUGGGCGUGAAGGAGUUCAAGUGUGAGGUGUGUGGCCGGGAGUUCACCCUGCAGGCCAACAUGAAGCGGCACAUGCUGAUCCAUACCAGCGUCCGGCCAUACCAGUGCCACAUCUGCUUCAAGACCUUCGUGCAGAAGCAGACCCUCAAGACCCACAUGAUUGUACACUCCCCCGUCAAGCCAUUCAAAUGCAAGGUGUGUGGGAAGUCCUUCAACCGCAUGUACAACCUGCUGGGCCACAUGCACCUGCACGCGGGCAGCAAGCCCUUCAAGUGCCCCUACUGCUCUAGCAAGUUUAACCUCAAGGGCAACCUGAGCCGGCACAUGAAGGUCAAGCAUGGCGUCAUGGACAUCGGCCUGGACAGCCAAGACCCCAUGAUGGAGCUGACGGGCACUGACCCCUCGGAGCUUGACAGCCAGCAGGAAAUGGAGGACUUCGAGGAGAACACCUAUACCUACGCAGGCGUGGAUGGCAGCACCGAGGCCAGCGUCCUCAGCGAACAGGCCAUGAAAGAGAUGGCCUACUACAAUGUGCUAUAGCGUGAGCCCUGCCGCCCCUCUCAGGGCGAGGAGGGCGUGGGCGUGGGGGUGAGACCACAGUACUGCAGGCCACACCUCCUGCAGCUGAGAAGCAAGCUACUGCCCCACUGCCCUGUGCCCUUCCCUCCCACCAAGUUGUUUGCACCACUAGGGACUCUGAGACCAACUAAAGACUGUACUACUGGCCUCAGCUGUGAACCAGGCACAGGCCCCAGGCAUCCCAGCAAAGGAAGAAUAGAUAACACGGGAGGCCCAGGGCUGGGUCUCCUUGCCCCGCUGCUGAGGGGGUGUGAGGGGGAUGAGGGAGGAGGGGAAUACCGAGGGCCACGUGGGGACGGGUCACAGGGACAGACUCUUGGGACCUCCCCUCAAGCCCAGCAGCCAGUGACAGUUCUUUGGGGGUCCUGGGCCCCCUGUCACACAAGAGAUCACUUGAGUCAUGCCUUGUUUCUCUUCCUGGUCAAUUCCUGCCUCUAGGGAUGUUUGGCCUCCUGUGCUGGCCAGCACUGACCCCCACACAGCCCCGCUUCAGUCCCUGUGCUAUGAAAGGCCCAGGCCUGAGAGCCCCCUUCCCCACCCUGCCCAUGGCAGCCAGGCAGGGCACUCUGCCUUCUACCUCCGGUGUCCCCGCACUCUCCUCAGCCAGGUGUGCGUGCGGCCCAGCCCUGGCCUGCAGGAAAGUAGGGUAUGGCCUAGCCCCCAGACAAUGCCCUCUCUAGGCAGCCCCCAGAAGCCCUGUUUGGAAGUGCUUCUCCACACAGUGUCCCUAAAGUAGAUUUCAGCAAAUGUCACCCAAGUCUCAGUGCUGAGCUGGGGCACCACAUCAGGGCCACCAAGGUGAUCAAAGCUGACAGAAACACAUGGAGGCCCCUGAAGUGAGGGGGCAGGGCAAGAGAGGGCUUGUCCUCAGGGGGAAGCCAAGGACCACCUGUCAGGGGAGGGGGACUAAAGUAUUUUCUUAUUAACAAGUAUCCAUUUUGAGGAUGGAGACAGCCAAGUGUCAGCAGGCUCCUAGAAGACCAUAUCCCAAAAAAAAAAAAAAAAAAAUUUUUUUUUUUUUUUAGCAAAUGGGACUAUUUUGAAGUUAAUUUAUUUUUUUCUUUCCAACUGUGUUGCCUACUAUUAUUUUUGAUGGAGAUGCAUUUUCUUUUCCCAAACAUAAGCUUUCUUGUGUGCUGUGUGUGCUUUUGUGCCUCCCCCACCUAGAGCAGCCUGGCCGGGCAGGGCUCGAGUCUGUGGGACCCCGCCCUGGCCCUGGAGAUGCAGCUACUGACAGGAAGCCUCAGGAGGCUGGGGUGAGAGGCAGGCAAAGGCAGCAAGCCUGGCAGGCCCUCCAGCCUCUCAGGCAUUGCCCUUGGCCAUGGCCUGGCUGCUAGAUUCUACUAACCCAGCAGCUCGUUCCCUCACUCCCCGGCUCUCACCCCUUCUGCCCCCACGCCAGCUCCUGCCCCUGGAGCCGAAGACUGCAGGAAUAGGGCAGGGAAAUAGCACAUUCAGGAACUCUUGGGCACCAGGACUCCCACCCACACGCCUCCUGAGGCUUCCAUGGUGGGGGGAAUGGGGGCAGGCAGGGCCUCCCCCAAAGGCACAGAGGAGAGGAAGCCACCAGGUUCAGCCCAGAAACCAGGAGAGGGGAGAGAGCCGGGGGAACCCAUGUGAAAUGCAGCUACCCCCAGGCUGUACCCUUAUGUUGAAGGAGCAAGCCAGGCCUCAGGUGGCUGUAACUGGAACUGAGGGAUGGACAGGUGGCCUCAGGAUCAGGCAGCCAGGUGCCCCUUCCUUCUCUGCUAGAGCGCAGCUAAGCAGCAAGUGAAAGGGCUGGGGGCUUGAGGGAGCUUCUCUCCAGGUGUGGCUCCCCAGACCCCAAGGCCACGUGGCCUCCCAGGUGCCCACAUGAUGAUCCUCAGGUGGCAGUGACCCUCCGUCACUGUAGAAGACAUUUUUCUCCUGCUGAGCAGAAGGCAUCAUCCCCUGCAAACUACCUCUUCCCACAGCAUCUUUAUCCCCUGGUACCAAAAAGAACCCUGUACCUCCUCCUUCUCCUCCAUCCUGCCAGCACAGUGGCCUUGGUCUUGGAAGCUAAAGGGAGAAGCUCUAGCCUCCAGGGUGGGGGCACUGCUUUCCUCCCCCCAGUCCCGCCAUCAGCCCUGGCCCUCUGCGAGGUUCUAUACUUGAACGCCCCCCUGCCCUGUGCCUUGGACUUGGGCAAAGUGAAGAGAAGGAAACAGCACAACUCACAAUUUGAGGUGGGGGGUGGUCUUGGCAAGGCUCUCGUCCUCACCCUCCCCAACCUUUUCCAAAGAGGCGUGCAGCCUCUCGGGUGACUUGGGAAACUCCUGGACAAAUUCCACUCUAACUUAUUUUGACAUGUAUACAAACCAACUUGUUUAGAAAUUCCACUUGUGCAAAGCCCUACUGUGUUUUUAUGUUCCUGUUUAAAAGAGUUUACUUAGCAAUAAUUAUAAAUAAAUGAAUAUUCUUUAGCGAGGUGGCUGGCAGUGCUUUCCGCAGCUCCUGGGGACCUGGCCCUCAUCCCUCCUGGAAGGAACUCCCAGCCCCACACAGUAAGGCAUCACUCUCCAGGGUCUGGAGGGGACCCAGGCUCUCCUCUGCUCUGGAAUAGUCACCUACAGGGCCAAGGCCUACAGUUCAGUGCUCCGAGACUGAGGGAGCAAGAGAAAGAGAGAAAGGGGGGCACGGGCCAGGCCCCCAAAUUCCCACCGCUCACACACAGAAAAGCCACUUCCCUACCCACCUACAUGCCCUGGGACAGAAGCCAGCUCACAGUGCCAGACUGGGUUUCAGAGGCUGAAUUCUGGAGUGCUGCCAGCCCUUUGCUGCCGAUGGGCUGAAAGGGGCAGGAAGCCAUGAACUCCCUCCCAGAAGUGGGGCCGAGGAAAGCCAGCCCACCGGCUUUUCUUCCUCAAACCCUGGGAGUUUAAUGGGAUUAAUCACCAACAGGAAGGGGGCCACCAGUGUGCAUGGAGAGCUACUGCCCAUCCUAAAGCUACCCAGGAGCCUUCAGCAGUGGUUCCCAACUCUUGGGUUUUGUGAACAGUGGCAGACUCCCCAGAAUUCGGGAAAUGGACUUUGGAUUGCCAAGUAUUUAUCAAGUAAACCUACACAAUUCUUGCCCAGCAUAUUGUAACACCAAAAAAUAGAAAUAUAAUCCCUACGUAAAGGCCAGUCCUUUAAAUGGAAUAUAUAUUUGGCUUUAUAGUAGCUUUACAACCUUAUUUUUCUAGUUUUCCCUCAGAAUGAUGAAAAUGAGCCCAAGUUUGAGAACCAUGGGCCUAGACUACAGAAAGACCCCUAUACACAUUCACAUACACGUACCACACCCCAGGCAGCUGUAGAGAUGGGAACUGGCAGGCCGGUGCUGGGUGCGAACUGUUUAGCACAGAGAAAAGGGCAAAUAAAGGGGUUGGGAGAUGUUUAGAAGGUUAAAACCAACAAAGAAAAAAAUAAACAGAACCUAUGGGGAAGUGAUACGGUCCCAAAUGAAGAAGAUGGAAGAACUGGAUUGUGCUAGGAAAUUCCACAGAGCCCACAGGCCUGUGCCUUAAAGAGUCCCAGUGGCUCCUCAGGCCACUUCCUAUAGAACACAGGAAGGGUCUUACUGCUGCCCGGUCCCCUCUCCCCUACUGGGGCCCGCUUAGCUGGAGGAGAGCCUAGGAUCAGGCUGCUGUAGCCUGAGGCAUGCUAGUCUGUCCCACUUGGGAUCUGCCAGCUCCAAGACAGCCUCUGCCUCUGGGGCCCAGCUGCCUCCUUCCCUUCAGGGACACACAACAGACAGUUUUGUGAAGAGCUUUUUAGUAGCUAAAUAUGGCACCAUGUGUUCCAAGGGCAAUAUAAAUUACAGUAUGCAAAACAUACUGACCGGCUGAGGUAAAACACACUGUUCCUGCCUCACGUCACCAUGAGGGGAAACACAAAUAUGCUUUUAAAAAUAUCUUGCUUAUAAAAAAUGUCCCCUAGAAGGGCCUGGUAGGCAGGCUCCCCGGAGAGCAGCUGAGAGGCUCACCCUCCACUGUGUUGGGAGGACCUGUGGCGGCUGCCGGCUUGGCUCCAUCCGGUCCACCACAGCGGCUGGGGCAGUGCUUUCCCCUACUGCUCGCCCAGAGCUUUGUCCAGGUUGCUCUUGAUGGUGUCCAGGAAGUCCGUGGUGUUCACAAAGUGCUCAUUCAGCUUCACACUGCCGAGAGAACACCAUUCACAUCAGUCAGUGUGGGAUCGGCUGGGCCCUUCCAGAGCAGAACCUGAGCUUUGGCAUCUGAACAGCAGCCUCCUGCCCCCGUGGGAAGGGGCACGCCCAGCUACAGGUCAAAGGCUACCUAUAGCCCACUGCCAACAGGCCACAGCGUACUCAGCAGGAACCUGAAAGCUAAAAUCCAGUUGCAAUCGAAUCAACUUUGACUCAUGGCAACUGAUGUGUAUGAAAGUACAACAGUGCUCCAUAAGGAUUUCAAUGGCUGAUUUUUUGGAAGUAGAUUGCCAGGCCUUUCUUCCGAGGUGCCUCUGGGUGGGCUUGAGCCUCUGACCUUUUCGGUUAGCAGCUAGGUGUGUUAACUGUUGGGACCACCCAGGGACUCCAGGAACCUGGUAGGAUCUGUCUUUUCUUUUCCAGUUGACUGAACAACUGGGUACAAGCUCUCCUGGGAGAAGCUGGGGGGUAGGUGGAGGAAGGGAUGGAAAAGGCUGGGAGCAUUCAAUGUCACAGAUGGGAAGGCGUGGCCUGAGUCCUCCUCAGGGCUGUGUCCCUGUCUGGGCCCAAGCUCUUGGCACUAAGCUAACUCAGUAGGGAGCCUCAAAGAAUGGUCCUCUGGCUUCUUCCCACCCUGUCCGAGGUCUGAAAGACCAGCCCUGCCCUCAGCCCAGGGCCACGCACUUGCUGAGGCCAUGGAUGCAUCCCGCCAGGUCCUUGGUCAUGGCUCCGCUCUCCACAGUCUGGACGCACACCUUCUCCAGGGUCUGGGCAAACCUGCAGGGGAUGGGGCAGAGUGAGGGCCCAGAAUAGCCCUGGGCCUGCUCAACCCCUCACUCUGUGCUUACUUGAUGAGGUCCUGGUUCCCAUCCAGCUUCCCCCGAUGCUCCAAGCCACGCGUCCAGGCAAAGAUGCUGGCUAUGGGGUUGGUACUGGUAGGUCGGCCCUAGGGACAAGGAUUAGAGGGGAUCAAGAGCCCCUCAAGAGUCCAGGUAGCAAGCGGGCCACCGGACAGCCGCCCAUCCCUAUACUGACAGGACCAGACCCCUCCUCCCACCCUUCAGGACCAAUGGGCUUUGAGCCCUUGGGGGUGGGUGGGCACUGUACGGCCGUGCUCCCCUCUCACCUUCUGGUGCUCCCGGUAGUGGCGGGUGACGGUCCCAUGAGCAGCCUCUGCCUCAAUAGUCUUCCCAUCCGGGCAGACCAGCACAGAAGUCAUCAGGCCAAGGGAGCCAAAGCCUGCAGGGCAGAAAGAGCUCCCUCGGUGCCAGCACCUCGCCUCAGAGCACCAGGGUGGAACCCUACUUGCCCUCCUCGCCAGGUGGUGUAGCUGCUUCUCACCCCACUCCACACACUGUAACUGAGAAGACAGGAACUGUUUCAGGCUUGUUCACCCUUGUUGUGGGUCCCCAGAGGCCAGACAGAACAGGGGGGCACUUGAGGGUGACUGUCAUCAACAUAUUGACACACAUCUGUGUCCCCAUCUCCAGAGCCUGUAUAUUCCAGAGCCCAGCACCCCCCUUACCCUCGAGUUCUCCAACCUUCCAAGUCUGCCCACACAGCCUGGCCCGUGACCAGGAGAAGAAUAAAACUACCGUCAGCUAGUUCACAGCAAUCAUUCUAUCUGGUGCUCUUUUGGCCACUUUAAAGUAAUGGCUUGCUGAUUUAUUUCCAAGUUUUCCCAAAUUUAGAUGUCACUUUUUUGCCUUAAAUAAUUAAAAAAAAAAAAAAAUUGGGGGUGGGGUGUGCAACUCAAGUGACUUUUUCUGUUGCCAAGGACUCUUGGGCUUCAAAACACCCUAUGGCUGUCUUAAACACUAGCAAGUGACCAUCUAAAAUGCAUCUAAGGUCUCAACCUACCCAGAGCAAAGGAGAAUGAAGAACACCAAAGACACAAGGUAAUUAUGAGCCCGAGAGACAGAAAGGGCCACCUAAAUCAGAGACUACAUCAGCCUGAGACCAGAAGAACUAGAUGGUGCCCGGCUACAACUGAUGACAGCCCUGACAGGGAACACAACAGAGAACCCCUGAGGGAGCAGGAGAGCAGUGGGAUACAGACCUCAAAUUCUCAUAAAAAGACCAGACUUAAUGGUCUGACUGAGGCUAGAAGGACUUUGCAGGUCAUGGUCCCCAGACCUUCUGUUAGCCCAAGACUGGAACCAUUCCCAAAGCCAACUCUUCAGACAGGGAUUGGACUAGACUAUAAGAUAGAAAAUGAUACUGGUGAGGAGUGAGCUUCUUGGCUCAAGUAGACACAUGAGACUAUGUGGGCAGCUCCUGUGUGGAGGGGAGAUGAGAAGGCAGAGGGGGAAAGCAGCUGGCUGAAUGGACACAGGGAAUACAGAGUGAAGUAAAGGAGUAUGCUGUCUCAGAGAGAGGGCAACUAGGAGUACAUAGCAAGGUGUAUAUAAAUUUUUUAUGAGAGACUGACUUGAUCUGUAAACUUUAACUUAAAAAAAAGCACAAUUAAGAAAAAAAAAAAAACCCACCCCA